UACCAAAUGAAAUUAACUCAACAGCUUCUAUUAUUCCUCUCAAUGUAUACUAUGAAGUUGAUAGUAAUAUCACUCUUAGCUGCUCAAUUAGUUACCACAAACCAUCAUACAUUGAUAUGGACACAGUUGUCAACAUUAGUUGGAUCAAUAAUGAAGAUGAUAUUCUUAACAGUAGUACUAUAGAUAUAGAAGAUUACACUGAACAUAAUUUCCAGUAUCAUCUAACUAAUUUUAGCUUAUCAAAUGCUGGGCAAUACAAGUGUAGUAAUACUCAUCACACUCAACAAGAAUAUAAAUUUAUUCAAAGCAGUGAGAGUCAAUACAAAUACACUAACAUUACUGCUAUUAUUCCAAUCGAUAAUACAGCACUGGAGUUUAAACCUACAGAACCCUAUUAUGAAGUUGGUAGUGAUGUCAUUCUCUCUUGUAAAGUCACUGAGCCUAACUCACCACUGGUUAAUGUUGAUACUACUGUUAAUAUUAAAUGGAGUUGUAAUAGAAAUCUUUCCCAGCAAUAUUCUAUUUAUCCAUACAAUAAAUACUUCAAUCAUACUCUCACUAAUAUAAAGCUAUCUGAUGCUGGAGAAUACAAUUGUACAUAUUAUCUCAAUAGUACCACUGAUAAUCCUUAUAUUAUACCAAGUGAUGCCAGGACAGGAGUCACUAAUGUAACAAUUAAAAUUCCUAAUGACAAGGUUCCAGUAAUUAAUCUCAUUCCUCAUCAGUCUGUGUAUGAUGCUGGCAGUGACAUUACCCUCUCAUGUUCAGUCACUUAUCCAUACUCUUCCUUCAUUGAUGUCGAUACUAAUUUGACUCUACAAUGGUUCAAUUCAUCUAAUCACACUCUUAACUUCAGUACCAUUAUCAAUGAUAAUAAUGAACACACUCUUACCUACACUAUAAGUAAUGCAAGACUAUCUGAUGCUGGACUGUAUGCUUGUUCCUUCUUCAUUAAUACUAGUGUUUCUCAUAUAGUUACAAGUAAUGCUACCAGAAAUUUUACCAUCAUUAAUAUAAAAAUGCCAAAUGUCAUCACUCCAUAUAUACUGGUCCAUCCCUCCAAAUCCUACUAUAAUGUUAAUGAUAACAUUACUCUCUCUUGCAUUAUCAGUUAUCCUACUAAUCACCUUAUUGAUGUUAAUACUACUGUGACCAUACAGUGGCACCAUUAUGGUCUGGAUAGACUAAAUUCAUAUACUGAAGUCAAUGAUAAAGCCCAACACUCUUUUAGUUACACUAUUGGUAAUGCAAGACUAUCUGAUGCUGGACAGUACACUUGUUCCUUCUUUGUUAAUGCAACAAAUAAUAAUGAUGUCAUACGCAGUAAAAUAAAUUAUAAUUUCACAAGUAUUACAGUUAAAAUUCCUAAUGGUAAAAAUCCCUCAGUUAAUCAGUUAAAGCCUUACUAUAGUGUUGGUGACAGCAUUACUCUAACUUGUACUGCCACUUAUCCUUCUCAUAUUACUACUAAUCUGAACAUACAAUGGCUCAAUUCCUCUAAUCACACUCUACACUCAUAUACUGGUAUCAAUAAUAAUACUGAACACACUAUCAGCUACACUAUCAAUAAUGUGUCAUUAUCUGAUGCUGGACAAUAUACUUGCCAGUACAGUAUAUCAAGUACUAAUCAUUCAUUUGUCCUACCCAGUGACAACAUUAGAACUUCAGUCAAUGUUACUGUUAAUG